AUGUCCCACUCACCUGAUGCACCUUUAAUCUGCAGUGUGCAGUUUGCUUUUACUCAAUUGAUUGCAGUCACGCUGGAGGGACUAUUCUGUUGUCGCAGAAAGAAAGGCAGUACCUGUCAGGAGGAUAACAACGUACCUGUCAGGGUGAGAAGAGGUGCCCAUGUACUCGGAGGAUCAGCAGAACUCGAAAAUAAUGAAAUCCUGGGUCCCACCAAUCCAAACCACCCUCCUUCAACCUCGUCGCAAGAAGAAUCUUGUAAACCAUCGCCUCGAAAUUGUUACAGACUUGUCAUCUUGGGAAGUGCACGUGUUGGGAAGACUGCAAUUGUAGCAAGAUUCCUAUCUAAUAAAUUUGAAGAAAGUUAUACUCCAACAAUUGAAGAUUUUCAUCGCAAGUUAUACAGAAUUAAAGGAGAAGUGUAUCAGUUGGAUAUUUUGGAUACAAGUGGCAAUCAUCCCUUUCCUGCUAUGCGAAGACUAUCAUUCUUAACUGGAGAUUUGUUUGUGGUGGUAUUCAGUAUGGAUAGUCCAGAGACUUUUGAAGAGGCAGCAAGAUUAAGGGAAGCAAUUAUAGAAACGAAAAAAAGUGCAAUUCAAGGGUCAACAAAAAAUAAGAUUGCAAGUAAUUUAAAAGUUCCUAUGGUUAUGGCAGGAAAUAAAUGUGAUGGAGAUAUCAAAAAAGUUACUGUUGAAGAAGCCCAACAAUACUGUGGAAAUCAAGAUGAUUGUUGUGUAUUUGUUGAAGUCUCAGCCAAAAGGAAUUAUCACGUAGAUGAUCUUUUUUACCAUUUAUUUAUAGUAGCAGGUUUGCCAUUAGAAAUGGCACCUAAUCAUCAUAGAAGAGUACCUUUAAAUUUUGGUUCUCCUACUAUGCUACCACCUUCUCAGCCGAAACACAAAACCACUCUCAGUAUUAAACGACGAUUAAGUGAUGCUUGUGGAGUAGUCGCACCUGCCCGCCGACCAAGCUUAAGAACAGACUUGAUGAUUAUGAGAACUAAAACUUGUUCUACUGGAGCUGAAAAUAAUAUUCCAGGAUCAGGUAUUACAUUGUGGUCUGUUGAUUCGAAAAAAUUUUGUUGUAUUCAAUAAAUAAUUUAUUUAAGCAAGCAGUUGGUUCCGACUAUAUUUUUCAACUUUUUUCUCCCAAUUUAUUAUUCAUUGUGCAUUAAAAAAUGUGAGCAAAAGGCGUAAAACUGAAAACUCAAUUUUAAGAGUACACACUAUGGACAAUCGUAAGCGUAAGAGUAAGAAUGAGUUAAAGAAGGAUAGGUAUAUUGUUUAUCCUUCUCUAACUCAUUCUUACGCUUUUACGGUCACGAUUACGGUUGCACUCAUCAAAUUCUGCUUUCGUGAAAGCGUAAAGUACGUUUAAGGUCUAAGCAAAUAGAACAACAAAACGACAGCCGCCAGAGAGUCGCAAACAGGAACGUAAUUAUGGGUUAAGAAAGGAGAUUUAUAGUUUUAUCCUUCUUCAGCUCAUCUUUGCUUCUAUUAAAUUGAAGGUUUAAUUCGUUCAACUUUACGCCAUAAUUAAAU